AUGCCCAUCACCCUCGACCCCGACGCAGACCCCGACGCACCUGCGCCGCACGUCUCCCCUCUCUCCGACCCACCGCCCUACACCCCCGAGCCUCUCCCCACAUUAUCAGCCGACGCGCGCGUCCUCGCACGCGACAUCCUCGCCCUCCCUCCUGGCGUAAGAGCCAUCGUUCUUGGUCUCUGCAAAGUCCCACCGUCACCGUCGGACGACGGCGACAGUCUCGCCCUCGCCGUCCACUACAUUGUCCGCACGGCAGCACAAGCCUCCCACGCACGCACCGUCUGGCUGCGCGUCCUCAACUACGUCAUCCUGGCAUUCUGGAUGUCUCUCCUCUCCUACCUCCCCGUCCUUGCAGCCUACUACUUGUCCUCCCCCCUAAUCCUUGGGUUAGUUGGCGUUAUCCACAUCAUCCUCCUUCCCGUCGCGAUGGUCGGCACGCGCUUCGACCGCCUGUCGGGAGGAAUUAGUGGAGUUGUAUGGCUCCUCGCUGGAACCGGACCAUUUGUCGGCGCGUGUAUUCCGAUCGGGGCCGCUUUUGGGUUUGGGGUUGAGGUUCAAGGCCUUUUGAUGGUGUUGCAGGAAGGAGUCAAGGUGGCGGCGGCGGUGGCGGCCGUGUUUGGACUGUGUACGGCGCUGGUGUUGCGCCAUAUCGACGCAGACGUGAUGGGAUACUGGGCGAUGGGCGUGCACGAGCUCCCAACGAUGUACGAGUUCGUGACGAGUAUCGUCGGGGCUGGUGCGCGGGCGUACGGGGGUGGAGGGGUGGAUUGA